AUGAUCGUAAUUUUAUUCUUAAUUCUUUUACUUAAUUUCAAUUACACCUAUUCAGCGACUUGUCCAGAUGGAGAAGACGCCUUCUUUCGUAAGUUUUCAAACAAAAUUUAUAAUGGAAGUGGAUAAAUAGUAGUUGUUAAUGCCUUCAGAAUGCAACCAGAACUCGAAGCUCUGCGAAGAUGACCCGGAACUCUCUUGUGUGGCCAUCGAAGGGACCUAUUAUUGUUGUGAGUAUUACUUUAAGCACUAGUACACAUACAUGCUUUAUAACAAACAUUUUUUUAACUGUUCAAGUAUUCUACAAACGUAUUGCUGAACUUUAAGCAUUGCCAUUGUUAUUUUCUAUUUUUGUUACACCUCUGGUAAGGACAACAUUCAGAACUUAAUAUUUUUAAUUAACGAUAUUGCACAGUGUAAUCUCGAAUUCAAAGGGACGCAAACGGGGAUAGUAAUGCCGCUACUAAGCAAACAUUCCCUAUGAUUGACUUAAUUCCAGGUGCUCCCAAUAAAAAAGCUUCCACUGCAAAAUCAAAUCCAGAUGGCAAAACAAAAGGUAAAAGUAAUAAUUACAAAAUUAUCGAACAGUGAUGCUUCAGAUGAGGAAUGCAAAGACAACAAUGAAACCGAGUGUGACUCAGUAAAAGAGUACUGUAAAGAUGAAGUAAGAAUUAAAACCCUUAAAUUAGCAGUGUUCCAAAAAUACGAAUCUCAGAAAAACCCAAGAUUACAAUCUUUGUGUCGUUAGUGCUUAAUUACUGAUUAUAACAUCCCUCAGGGCAUAAAGAACACAAAAAUAUUACUUCCUGAUCUCCUCAAGUUAGAGGUCAGACAUCUGGAAUUCACAAGUUUUUGGCUUCCGUUUCGCCAACUCGAUUUACCGCCAGAAUAAACUUUUUCAUUACUUAUUUACAUACCCAAUCCAUCCGCUUACCAAUGGGGGUGUACUCAACGUUCUGAGUGGAUGAAUAAGUCAUGAUUACUUUAAUGACGUUAUUCUCACAAUUAAUUACUCUCGCAGUAAUUCUACUCAGAUUUUUAUUCUUCAAACUUCUUGCAAUAGCAUAAAUUCUAUAAUUUUAGGAUUCGAUUGACAUGAUGAAGGCCGAAUGUGCAAAGACUUGUGGAUUUUGUGGCGGUGGAAGCAAUGGGAGCACUAAACCGCCUGGAUGUGAGGACAAAAUGAAGUAAGAAAACAUUUCGAGACUACAUUACACUCAGAGCGAGCACGCCAUGCUCUUACUCAAAUUACAUAUUUACAACUUACAAUACCUUAAUAAUACUUUGUAGAGAAUGUUCAAUUUGGAAGAAGUACGGAUUCUGUGAGACGGAUAAGGUAAAAGCGGACAAAAAGAAGGAGAUCUGCCCUCAAACUUGUGGUCUCUGCUGA